AUCAGUUUUCAAGUGCACAACUAGAAGACAGAGCAAGCAGCCGAUCCCAUCUCUACAUUGGAAAUUAAUUUUCGAACAGAAAAGAAAUAGAAACAAAAUGAAGGUCGCCAUCUUUAUCGCAAUUGUAUUCGCUGGAAUUGUCAAUGGACAAAUCGUAAGACACGAGAAUGCCCUCACAUGGCCUGAAAAUGACCACACACUUGGGGGAGCAAUCGUGGAUUUUGUCUAUGAAGAAAUCGGCAAUGGAUCGUGCCAAGUUUCACUCCCGUCUAUGGUCAACCUUUUUCACGUUGUGAAUGGAUUUAUCGUCCCUGAGAGCAGCAGCCCAGUUGAAGGUCUUUACACGAUCAGUGCACCAACCCACUGGAGUUUAGUCAACGGCACAUUCAAAGUUCUCAUCUUGUUUGACCGUGGAUCAGCUUUUGCUCUGGAAGACAUUGUAUUCGCCUGCGAUCCUCUUGCAAUUUCUGACAUCAACGUUUACUCUUUCCCCCAAAACAACUUGAUGGGAGAAGCUAGCUCAACAAUUUGCUACAGAAGAGCUUUCCACGUCGGAGAUGUUUUGACAAUCACUUUCCCAGUCCGAGUCAGAGAAUUCAAUGUUACCACCUGGAACUCUAACUACGAACUUACAACCGAAGACAACAUCACAUACACUUUGACCGGAUUUCAAGCUCCCAUUGGAAAUGAUUUCAAUACCGAGGUUUCAUUCCACCUUGUCUACGACAUGGAAGAUGGAGUCGAUAGAUGGUUUUCCGCUGGUGACAUCACCGUCUCAAUCACAAAAGCAGCCGACAGUGAAGUGAUCAUUGUCUAAAUUCUAAAACAUUCAUCCAUCUCUUUUGUUGAUACGUUUAUCUCAUUCCGAAACUUGUCAUUUAGAUAUAUAUGUAGCCUACGUUGAAUUCUCUGAUCUUAUUCUUUGAAACAGUUGAAUAUUUUGGACAAUCAAAAUUAAAUAUUUAAUACAAUUGGACAAUUUGGACAAUCAAAUAUAAAUAUAAUAUAGGUUUUCAAUAACUGAAAUUUUGAAACAUAAAUUCACUUUGAAACACCAAACUUUUUAAAAAAUUAUUAUUUGCCGAAUUUUUGUACUUAAUUUGAAAAUUUUCUUUGAAUGGUUGAAAUACCAUGACAAGAUUUAUUUCGUCGGUAUAUUUUAUGUUAUUUUUUGUAGAAUUUGUAAGCUUACGUUUGAUAUUUUUAUACCAAUGUUGAAACUAUUUUUAUAUUCAAUUUGUAUAUGAAAAUUUGAAGUAAAAAGAAACUAGCAUAUGCUUGAUAAAAAUUAUUAUCUCAUUGCAUUUGUGUAAUAUUACAUUAUCAAUAUUUUCAAUUUAUGAGUACGAAUGCUGUGGUAAACAUUCCGAGUUGUUGACAAUAAAGAUCUGAUUUUUACAAAAAAA